AUGUCCGAACCAGACCAGCAGCUCCCGCCGCCGCCGCCCGACCCAAGUGCUCCCCUCCAGGGCGCCGCGCGAACGAUUGACCGCGAGGGUCUCCUGGCUAUCAUCUGGGUGUGCUUCAGCGUAGCCACAAUCUUUGUGGGUGUCCGCCUCAGCGUCCGGUGGCGCCAGAAUCGCACCUUUCUUCCCGACGACUGCUGGGUCAUCUUCGCCUGGCUAUGCAUCCUCACCAUGGCCAUCCUGCAGACGCAGCAGAUGAAUGCGCUGUGGUACACAACGUAUCUCAUUGCCGGACGACUCGAUUUCACCGACGUGGAGGGUAUCAGCCAGAUGCAGAUUGAGCUGAAGCGGUGGCAGUUUCCCAUCAUCAAACUGUUCUGGACGACGCUGUGGGCCAUCAAGGCGAGCUUCCUGGCACUCUUUUACCGGGUGAUUAGGCCGUUGCCCGUGCUACGAAGGCUCUGUGCUCUGACCUGCACGCCCCCGGGUCAAUAUUUCAAAGCUGGUGGCUGCGACUCGGACAGAGACGUUUGGAUGCAGCGCUUCAACGUCCUCUACUCGACGUCCGUCGACAUAGCCAGCGAUCUCAUGAUCAUGGCACUCCCCAUCAUGGUCCUGCCCUCCCUCCAACUAGACAAGCGCAAGAAGAUUGGUCUUGGUAUAGCCUUCAGCCUCGGUUUCAUCAUAAUCGCUGUCGCCAUUGUCCGCAUGUCGCAGGUCAUCGUGGGUGAUCAGGUCGACCUCGUCGGUCUCGCCAUCUGGGGCGCGGUCGAGACAGCGACUGCCGUCAUUGUGGGGUCUCUGCCCGCUCUCAAGGGUGUCCUGGCCCGGUCCAUCAAGAACUAUCAAACGACCAGGCGCACGGGCGGCAAGUAUGCGACAGGCAGUGGAAGUAUGCCAAUCAAUGGAUAUGCGCAGGGGUCCAGGGGGAGAACAGUGCACAUCACCAACUCUAUUCCGUUGGAUGAUGUGCAUGAAAGCAGUCACGUCGAUGGCGGUAUUUUUGUGCGCAAGACAUAUGAGCAGCAUGUAGAGCAGAAAGCGCUGUCAUGA